UUUCGUCGUCUUUUGCAAGGGAGGCGGUAGUGAGUAAUAUGAUCAACACUCCGCGCCUUUCAACGCAGCCGAAGAAGAAGAGACGGAAGCAGUAGUUCAUGCGCAUGGCGGCACUUGGGAACUUAUUUAUCUUUUGAUUUGAUACGCAGCUCAGUUUUGUUUCGGAAAACUCCCUUUCUACUCAACAAUAACACACAGGUAUGUGAGUUUUGCGAACUUUGAUUAAUAGUCUGACGCUUUUAGCCACUGUAUGCUAAAUAGCCAAACAAACAACGACGUAUCUGGGACGUUGGCUGCAGGUCAUUCAUUGCCCUGCUCGUUAGCUUGUUAGCAUGCUAGCAUUUGUUUCUUUGACAUCUUCUCUCAAGUUUGAUUAUAAGACCGAUUGUAAGUAAUAUUCUAUUAUUUAAUCUCUCAAGUGGAAGUUGUGGUAAAGCCGUUGUGUUAGGUCACAUCCACGCAGCUCGUGAUGUUAUACCUCCUCUCUGUGUUUUAAACACUGGCACGUUAAAAUCUUACUGUUAAAUUGAACCCAUUGAAAUCAUCUGUAAUAAUUAUCAAAAUGUCUCUUUACAGCUCUCUAAAACAUGGAGGCUGAUCUGUAUGACGAGUUUGGAAACUACAUCGGCCCGGAGCUGGACUCUGAUGAUGAUGAUGAAGAUCUUGAUGCAGAGGACAGAGAUGUUGACGAGGUGUUUUUCAUAACUAGUCCGAACAAUUAUCAAAUAUUGUAUGCUACUUUUAUUUCCUCGUAUAUCACAGUUCUAACUAUCCUCUUGUGCAGGGUGAUGAUGAUGAUGAUGAUGAACCUGCUGAUGCUGAUGAAGAUGUCCCGGGUAUGGAAGUGGUCCUGCAUGAGGAUAAGAAGUACUAUCCCACAGCCGAGGAGGUUUAUGGUCCUGAAGUGGAAACUAUCGUGCAAGAGGAAGACACACAACCUCUUACAGGUAAGACACAGAGAGCGUGUAAAUGCAGACUUUGAGUGCCUGGGAUUGGGGGACUUGAAACACCAUCUUACAAAGUUAUAGAGUGAAGGUGAAGAACACACUAACACAAGUGUUUUUAUUCCACUCCAGAGCCCAUUAUCAAGCCUGUGAAAAACAAGCAGUUCACCCUAAUGGAGCAGGAGUUACCAGCCACUGUUUAUGAUAUGGAGUAAGUCAUCUGCUUCAAUAUGUACAUAUCAUGCUGCUGUGUUGCCACAAAUAUUUAUAAUAUAAAGUACAAAUGUUAACCAUGGUUGCUGGAAUCUGAAAAACUGCACCUACAUUGAUUUUUGUGUAUUCCAAGUUAAGCUGCAGGAACAGUCAUAUUAUUUUAAAUUUGUCACAGUGGCUUCUCUCCUCAAUGUUUGAAGUGUGUGUUCACACCUUGGUGCAAAUGGUGCCAGAUUUGGUUUAUUAACAGCUGAAGUCGUGCUUCUGCAGCGUGCCUCUCUGUGCAGAUCCACACAUUUCUUUUGAAUUAUGAAUGAUAAGAUAUAGGAAAUAUAUAUAUUUGACCUUUUGUAAUGCUUUCAUUGCGUUAAACUGCAUGUCAAAUAUAGGUCUGUACUCAGUAACUUAUUUUGCACCAGCACUGUGUGCGUGUUAAGAUUAAUUGUAACCAAACUAACCAGUUCACGUCUGACAAUCCUUUUUUAUAUCAUAGUAUUGAAACAUUCCCCAACAUCGUUUCAAAUUUCAAAACUGAGGUGUCCUGACAGCUCAGAAGUACAGUUGCAAUCAUCAACACGAAAACAUUCAACUAUUAUAUGGAGCACAUGAACCCCAGCUAGUUAUCAGUCGAGUGCAGAUGGAUUUAUGUAACUGCUUAGAAUGUCUGAAGAAACAGAGAGGAGAGAUUAAAAGAAUUUGGACGACCUUGAGAGAAAAAUUAGGUGUAGCACUUUUGUUUUAGGGGUUAUUAUGGAUUCACGAGAGGUGAUGUUUGACUCACAGAUAUUUUGUAAAACAAGCGGAAGACUUUGAACUGAAAUACUAUAAGCUUCUUCUGAUAAGUAUGAUUUAACCAUGUUUAAUGUAUAUUUAAUGCUAUUGACAUCACAGAGUUUUCUCAUAUGGUGCACGCCACACAUCAAGUAUUUACACCAGUCCACUGUGUGUUGUUAAAGCUGUGAUAUUUCUCCUCUCUCUUGGCAGAUUCCUUGCUGAUCUGAUGGACGGCCCUGAGCUGAUCCGCAACGUCACCCUGUGUGGUCACCUUCACCAUGGCAAGGUUAGCUUUUACCUUCUGGCUUUUUCCAGCUGCUUCUGUAACAUUCAUCCCAAAAAGAGCAUUCAUGCUGGAAAGUUAUAAAAAGAUAAAAGACAGAUAUGAGGAGCUGCUGCUGUGUGAGCUUCAUAUGCUCUAAAAUCUAUUUGUGAUUCAGCAAUAUCUGAUUUUGUUUUGUAUUCUGUUCAGACCUGUUUUGUGGACUGCCUGAUCGAACAGACGCAUCCAGAAAUCAGGAAGAGAGAUGACGUGGAUGUGAGUGUUUACUCCAGCAAUGAACACAUCUGUUCAAUUUGGUAGUUAAUUUCUGUGAAUGAUGAAAGAAACUAACAUGAACCUUUGACUUUUUCAGCUCCGAUACACCGACAUACUUUUCACAGAACAGGAGGUGAGUGAUUUGGUAGAACUGUGACAUUAUGUGAAUAUUUUACAACCCACAAUAGACCAGAUUGACAUGUAUGAGAAUGUUAAAAAAAAACUCGUAUAAGAUUUACAGAUCCAAAAGAUGUCAGAUUCAAUUUGUCAUUGAACGUAAUUUUUCAAAGAGGUUGGAUGGCCUUUUUUCCCCAGAAAAGAUCAUUUUAGGUAAUGAAUCUUCAAAAUGAUAGGGAAUCAUGUUUCCUUUGCUGCAAAGAAGAUUUCAAUCUUUUGCUUUUUCCACAGAGAGGAGUCGGGAUCAAGAGCACCCCUGUCACAAUGGUCCUGCCAGACUCUAGAGGCAAAUCCUACCUCUUCAACAUCAUGGAUACUCCAGGUACCGUGUGCCAGUUUGAUGCCUUUUAUCCCACUUGUAUGUCUUUUUGUAGCGUAGUGCAAACUAAUGAAAUUCUUGUCUACCUCUGUCUCCUUCAGGCCAUGUGAACUUCUCUGACGAGGUCACAUCAAGCAUCCGUAUCUCGGAUGGCGUCGUCCUCUUCAUUGAUGCUGCAGAAGGAGUGAGUUUUUUGUUUCCUUCUUAAUCUCCCAAAACCGUCCUCUCCUUGCCUCCCGCUCUGCAUCAUAUUUCUGCUUUCUGUAAUAUCAUGCCUACCUCCGUCCUUUUCUGCACAGGUGAUGCUGAACACAGAGCGUCUGAUCAAACAUGCAGUUCAGGAGCGGAUGGCCAUCACCAUCUGCAUCAACAAGAUUGACCGUCUCAUUGUUGAGCUCAAACUGCCUCCCACAGAUGCUUAUUAUAAACUACGUCACAUUGUGGAUGAAGUUAAUGGUUUGCUCAGGUAAUACUGUAAACUUACAACCUUUAUGGUAUCAGUGAAAUAUGAUGACACUCAAGUUUGUUUUUAAGUCAAAAUGGUGAAAGUAAAGUUACUAUACUUUUGUUAAUGAGGUUAUAAAGUGAGUAGAGUGCAUUUUAAAACAGAUAAAAUACUCUUCCUCAAAAAGUCACUGUGAUUUUUGCCUUGAGUAAAGAAAUGUAAAUCAGACACUUUCCAUGACUUUUAAUUGUAUUUCCUCUCUCAGCACAUACUCCACCGAUGAGAACCUGGUGGUGUCUCCUCUGCUCGGAAACGUCUGCUUCGCCAGCUCUCAGUACAGCAUCUGUUUCACCCUCGGGUCCUUUGCAAAGAUCUACUCAGACACUUACGGUAAGGGGACUCUUUACUGUUUGCUCUAAAAGAAACAGGAUGGUUCACCUUUUUUUUUCUCUCAUACUUAUUCCAGUUAGUAAGAUAACUCCUCUUUUCUCACUUACUCCUUUUUUGCCUCUCUAGGUGACAUCAACUACAACGAGUUUUCCAAAAGGCUUUGGGGAGAUAUUUAUUUCAAUCCUAAAACGUGAGUCCAAAAUGGGAUUUCAUGUCCCAAUGUCUCAUCCUUCUCUUUUUAGGCACUUGUUUCAUCUGUGAUUUCUUGUCUUUAGCCGAAAGUUCACAAAGAAAGCUCCCAGCAGUAAUUCUCAGCGUAGCUUUGUGGAAUUUGUCCUGGAGCCCCUCUACAAGAUCCUCUCACAGGUAGUUUAUUUCUAAAAAUACAGUAUUUCAAUUUAGGACAACAUUGCAGGCUCAUCAGACUCUGAUUUGUAUUGAGUAAUCCUCUCCUAAAUCAUCUUGGUUUGUAGGUGGUCGGGGAUGUGGACACAUCUCUGCCCAGAGUUCUGGAUGAGCUGGGGAUUCACUUGACGAAAGAGGAACUGAAGCUGAACAUCAGACCUCUUCUAAGGCUUGUCUGUAACCGCUUCUUUGGAGAGUUUACUGGUAUGUCCUCCUAUUUUUUCUUUCCAGCUUUUCAGUUAUUAUUUACCCAAUUUAGUAUUUUUGUUACUGUCUGUAAAGAACUCUGUGUCAAUUCCUAAAAUCUGGAACAGUAUAAAUGUUUUUGAAAGCAGAUUUUGAUAGUUUGCAAAUCAUUUACAGUCUAUAUGUAAUUAAAAUAGGGAAAAGAAACAGAAAAAUUUAAAUUUUCUUUGGGAAAAAAGCCUCAUUUAAACUGAUGUCAGCUUCAUGUUUAAAAAAAGUUCUGCUUGGGGCAUGUGUACCAUUGUGCUGCACCUCUUCCUAUAAAUCCACGCUUUGAAUAUUUAUGAACCAAGAAGAACAUUUCUGUCGUCUGAAUGUGAACGAAUGUCCCAUUUUUACCUGAUAUAGGAUUUCAGCUGCUCAACAAUUCAAGAUCUCCUUUGUGGUUUUUUAGGUUUUAAGAAGUGCUUAAUGUCAGGACUUCAGGCAGGACAGUUAAACACCCUAACUCUUCCACAUACAAGAUAUGAAAGUAUGAAACAAACAUCAUCUAGAUGGCGUAAUUUUUAUUUCACAACAUGUAGGCAUUGUUUAGCAUGAAUGACGUGGCCCUAGAUGUGUAAGCCCCCCAUGCUGUGAGUGGUUUCUAUAUUUCUGUUUACCAUCACAAAUGCUGUCUCUUUCUGCUAUUUUAGAGCUGAAGACACAGUGUCCAUAAUUUCCAUAUUGAAUGUCAAGUUUUGAUUUGUUCGACCACAGGGCAGUUUUCCAAUUUAACUCAGUCCUUUUUGGGCUCGGGCCCAGAGAAAUCACACCGCCUCAUACUGAUGUAUGGUUUCCUCUUUCCUCUUUGCAUGUUCCAAUUUUAUCUUACACUGUGGAUGUAACAAUGAUCUAAAAAGACACUCAUGUCUGUUUUUGGUGCAGUGAUGCCUUGAGAUCACAGCCAUGCAGUACGGUUUCUAGUCUUAUAAUGAAAAAAUACACUCUAAAUCAAAUUCUUUACAAUUUCCUGCUGAGGAACAUGAUUGUGAAAUUGUAAAACUGUUAACUCGCUGAACAGUGGACCUCUGCUAAUCUUAACCUUAUGAGAGAUUCAGCCUCUUUAAAAAAAAACACCCUUUUCAUAUUAACCCACAUUGGUAGUGUGUUGUGGAGUCAGUAAGCUAGGGAUCAUCCUCCAGCUGUUUCUCUUUUUGAUUAUAUGAAUAUAUCCUUUGAAAUCAAAAGGCGUUGUAAACAUUUGGUUUGUUUUUAUUGCACUAUUUUCAUUGAAACAAAGGAUUGAAAUAAUUACCAAACACAGUAUCCUGACCUCAUUUUAGAGAUGGCAGUCGUCAAAGGAGUGUAAAAAUAAGAGUAACAUCCUAACGCCACAGACCUUGGAAGGGGUUUUAUGACUUUGUGUGUGAUAAUCUUUGUAUUAGAAAAUGAGUAGAAAGGCUCAAACAGUGUUGAGUUUGUUAAUAUCUGCAUGUACCUCUCACCUUUAGGUCUUGUGGACAUGUGUGUUCAGCACAUUCCGUCACCUCAAGAGGGCGCCAGGAACAAGAUAGAGCACACAUACACAGGAGGUCUGGACUCGGACCUGGGGGAGGCCAUGGCGGAGUGUGACCCUGAUGUGAGUGUAACAGGAGAGACGCGGAAUUGAAAUCAGCAGUGACUGACAUCUGUUCAGACUGUUAUUACAGAUCAAACCAACAUCAUGUUUGUAUUCAAGUGCUCAUGUUAUGUAACGCGGGGCAUUAACAGUAGAUUCCAGGUGACACUUAAAGGUCUUGCUGCUCCUUCCUUGAGCCUGAUCAUGUUAUUUUAGGGAGGAAGGGUAUAUUCCAGUAGUAAGACUUUCCUGCCCUAAUUUCUGUCCCUCUCUUAUCGCACCUUCCUGCUCACCUCGUCUCCCCCCCUCAGGGUCCUUUGAUGUGCCACACCACUAAGAUGUACAGCACAGAGGAUGGGGUUCAGUUCCAUGCGUUUGGCCGAGUGCUGAGCGGGACCAUUCAGGCAGGCCAGCCCGUCAAGGUUUUAGGAGAGAACUACACCCUUGAAGAUGAAGAGGACUCUCAGGUCUGCACUGUGGGCCGUCUGUGGAUCUCUGUGGCCAGGUGAGUUGAGGACUUGGGUUUCCAGAGUUUUUAAUGUAUAAAUUAAUCUCUGCAUGUUUCAAAUCUUUCUUUUCUAUCCUCUUUUUUUCAAGAUACCAAAUUGAAGUGAACAGAGUACCUGCUGGAAACUGGGUUCUGAUCGAAGGCUGUGACCAACCGAUUGUAAAAACCGCCACAAUCACGGAGCCCAGAGGAAACGAAGAGGUGAGGCAUAAUCACUGUUUCCAUCUUUAAAGAAACCCUCAGAUGAGAAAAAGUAUGAACAGUUUGUGUUUUCUCUGACAGGCUCAGAUCUUCAGACCACUCAAGUUCAACACAGCUUCAGUUAUUAAGAUUGCAGUGGAGCCCGUCAACCCGUCAGAGCUGCCCAAGAUGUUGGACGGACUGAGGAAGGUCAACAAGAGUUAUCCAUCUCUCACCACAAAGGUAAGUCACCUCUGAAGUACAGUGACAAUGUUGAUCUAAACCAGAAAUUAGUAAGAACUAAAAAUUCUUCCAAUAUGGGACUAAUUAAUCAUCAAGUUAACGUGUGAUCGACCAGUCAAGGUUCAAGUUUUCUGAAAGUAUGACUUUGGAUCCCAACAGAAAGUAAAAUAUGUAGAGAAGUCGAUGUUGCUGCUGAAUUGAUUUAAACAAUUUUUUCAUGUUUGUUUGUGUCUGUUUUUCUUCAGGUGGAGGAGUCUGGAGAGCAUGUGAUCUUGGGGACAGGAGAACUCUACCUGGAUUGUGUCAUGCACGACUUGCGCAAGAUGUACUCAGAGAUCGACAUCAAAGUAAUUUCCAUCACAGCUGCUUUGUUCAUUGUUAGCCGACGGCAAAUGAUAACAUCACUGAAAACGACAGAAUUAAUCACAGUGUCUUUUAGUAGUUUGAAGAAGAUUUUUAAGUAGAUGAUCUGGUUAUUAUUGUAUUGAGGAAUUAUGAUUCAGCUGCUGAAGUAAGCCCUUAUUAUAAAGAUCAUUACAUAUUUAAUCACAACAGUAUUUACAAACUAUUUUCUUCUCUUUGGUUCUUUGUGUCUUAAUUGCUCUCGUUUUUACCUGCAGGUUGCAGACCCAGUCGUUACUUUCUGUGAAACCGUUGUAGAAACAUCAUCACUUAAGUGCUUUGCUGAAACGCCCAAUAAAAAGUGAGUACCACUCAUCAGACUUCUGGCUAUCUUGUCCUCACGUAAUAUUUCAGGAAACUUCCAGCUCAGUGAAACUUCUUGAUCUUUGGCGUGAACUGUUGUGUUGAAUUUGUGUUUUUCUCCUCCGGGAGUUAAAUUUAUGCACAGUUUGGAGACAUAUCUGAGUUGUUCCCCUCCCCUCUGGCUUGAAUGUGUCUCCUGAACCCAGAAUCUGUGAUUGACAGAUGUGUGAUGUGAUUGACAGGAACAAGAUCACCAUGAUCGCAGAGCCGCUGGAGAAGGGGCUGGCUGAGGACAUAGAGAAUGAAGUGGUGCAGAUCACAUGGAACAGGUAUGAUGAUGAUGAUGAAGCUAUGACCGCCACACUGGAACUCACGGCCCUAUAAUUGAUCUCUUAAUUAACUCACAUGCUCACGUAAUGUGCCCCCCCUGUUGGACAUUUAUAAAGAUUUCUCCUUUUUCACUCUGAUUAAGGAGCCUCUUGAUUAAUUCCUCCAUAUUUCAAAGCCUCUCUGACUAACCAUUCAUUCUCAUUAAACCUCUGGUUUGCAGGAUGAAUGAGCAGCCAUGUUAGACCUGUUCUGUAAUUAACUGCUGUAACUGGAAAAGGUAGAGAUAUAUAGAAAUACCUAAGGCUGGGAAAUUAUCGCACUUAUUGGAUUCCUUCAACUCGAAAGGUGUGUCACCCAAUUUAAAGGCGUGCACUCUUGGGCUCUCCUAUCAUUAAUAUUAAUUUUCAGGUCCGACAUGAAAGUGACAGCGAUGUGCUGUGAUUUAAAACCACCACACUGAAUCAGUCUGUGCCCUCUCUAAUUAUUUUCAACACAAAUUCAUUUAUUAUCAGUUUUCAAAGUUCUGCAGAGUGUCCAGAACUGCAGAGCGAAGUUUUUAAGUCAGGUUGGAUGUGUGACUCUGACCUUUUUAGACAGCUUUACAUAGUGGCUGUCUACUUUGUCAGUCAGAAAGAGGCAUUAAACCUGUAAAAUAUAGAAGCAAUGUUCUUCUCUGGUGUCCAUCUCCAUAUGAACAUUGAGAGAUAGAUGUCGAGGAUCAAAGAAAAGGACAGCCGUCUUGUGCGUGUGCGUUAAAGCCCUCCUCGGUUUAUUGAUCAGUCCACUCACUCUAAUUGGAUCAUGCACUAAAAGCACGCAUGAAUUUUCCCGUCCCUAUGACGCGACAAGCCGGCCACGAGUGUGUGUUUCACCCUAGAAUGGCUUCCUGUCAGUCUGCAGCUCAUCUGUUAAGGCCAUCUGGACCCAGCGGUGCCAGCAUGGAGCAGCAGUGCCAGAGAAGUGACAUACUUCACACACCAUUAAACGAAACCUUCGCUCUACUCCUCCUCUUCCAUUAACCCUUGAGCCCCCUGAUCAACCAAUCUCCUUAAUGUUCCAGCCGACAUAAUGUGCGUAAGUCCUUUCAAUUCGGCGGCUGCUGUCUUUCAUCACUGCAGGAAAAAACUGGGAGAGUUCUUUCAGACAAAGUACGACUGGGAUCUGCUGGCUGCUAGGUCCAUCUGGGCCUUCGGGCCAGACACCACUGGACCGAACAUCCUGGUAGAUGACACGCUGCCCUCUGAGGUGAGUGAGUUUUUGACCAGCAUGGCAGCAAAGUGGGGAGAAAGGAAGUGUUCGAAGUUGAUGUUUGAAAUCAUUCAUGUAGUCAAGGACAAAAAACAGAUUUGCUGCUUAACUAGGAUUAUCCUAAAUAGGGGUGUCCCGAUAUGAUAUUGAUAUCGGAUAUGGGUCCGUUAUCAACAAAAAAAUCAAAUAUCUGAUUAUAUCAGCCUGCAUCUAAAAUCUCCAAUAUCAGCACUCUGAUACAAGCAGUCCAUUCCAGACUCUGCUCCAGCACCUCUAUCUAGCAGCGCCCUGAUCCAGUAUGCAGAGCCCACAUAAUCACAACAACAGUGUGUGCUGAGGUACUAACAAAGUAGCAAGGAGUAGGAGUGAUGUCGGCCCUGUUGGACUAUUUUUCAUUCAAGUCCAAAAAAGAAGUUGUAGCUGAGUGCAAAACUUAUCAUGCACGAGGUUGUGCUAAUAUCUGAUCAAUAUCAGUAUCGGAAAAUACUGAAGGCCACAAUAUUGGUAUCAUAUCUGAGGUAAAAAUGUUCAAGCGGGGCACCACUAAGCCUAAAUAAUGAUGUGAACAUGCAAUCUGAAAAACAUCAAAAGAAGUCAAUCAGAACAGCCUGUGAUCCAGAGUGUACAGUGUACACAUGAGAACCUCACGCCACCAAUUGUUUGUUUUUUUACUUUAUACACACCUUUGUAUGUAUUAGCCACACACUCCUUUGACACCGUGACUCAGAUAAUCAAAAAAAACAUAAAAGUGUCUGAAAAAAAAGUCAAAUAAUUGUGUCUUAACAUUUUGUAUCAAUCAGUCAAUGUUGUUUAUGUUGCACUAAUUCACAGCAACACAAUCAUGAAGUUAAACAAAGCUGCAGAAGUCCUUGUGUUUUGGCUCAGUUGCACAAACUCUCUGAGAAUCAGUCAUGUUAAGAGUAGUCCAGGUUUUUGCCUGAUGAUAGAUUUUUUUUGUAAUUUGCCUCUGUAGGUCGACAAGGCGCUGCUGGGCUCAGUCAAAGACAGCAUCGUCCAGGGCUUCCAGUGGGGAACGAGGGAGGGACCUCUGUGUGACGAGCGUAAGUUAUUUUAUUUAUUUUUUAUCCUUUUAGAUAUUUUGGUUUUGGCAUCAAACUUUUAUUUUGUUCCAAUAUUAGCCUCUGGCAUACAAAUCUACCUUUUGUGAUGCAUCCCUGUUGAUAAGUCUUUCUCUCGUCCUCGCAGCAAUCAGGAAUGUGAAGUUUAAAAUCCUGGACGCGGUCAUUGCUCAGGAGCCGCUCCACAGAGGAGGAGGUCAGGUCAUCCCCACAGCCAGGAGAGUGGUGUACUCCGCCUUCCUCAUGGUGAGACUGCAACCCCACCUCACCUCCCUCAGCUCCAUCUUAUUCUUCUCCUCAUCAGCCAUCAGCUCCCCCAGAGUUUCUUUUCAUCCUCACUUCGGUUAAUGUUCCAUUAACAUGAUUAGGCUCUGGGAUUUUGCUGACGUGCGUUCUUUCUAAUUGUGAUGUGAUGACAUUUCCCUCCCUCCCUCUCAUUUCUGGCUUCUGUCCUUGUCUUCUUCGGCCCUGUCACAACUCUCAUCAUAAAUCCUGGGGUCAGAUGUACACAGUCAGGCCACACUGUGUCUCCAGGCUUUUGUCUCCGGUCUAAUCUUUGGUCUUUGUGUCUCAGGCUACUCCAAGGCUGAUGGAGCCAUAUUACUUUGUGGAGGUUCAGGCUCCAGCUGAUUGUGUGUCUGCAGUUUACACAGUGCUUGCUCGUAGGAGGUUGGUAUAUUUGUUCACCCGGGCAAAAGUUCUCCCUUGUUUUUCUCUCAAGUGAAUUUUUUUGGAUGUUAAUGAAACUUUUCAAAUGUGACCCUGUUUGUCAUCCAACAGAGGUCAUGUCACCCAGGAUGCCCCUAUUCCAGGAUCCCCUCUCUACACCAUCAAGGCGUUUAUUCCAGCCAUCGACUCCUUCGGCUUUGAGACAGACCUGCGCACACACACACAGGGACAGGCCUUCGCUCUGUCUGUGUUCCACCACUGGCAGGUACAAAAAGCCUCCUGUCUAUUUUUAAAACCAGAUUUACACCCAGAAGUGAGCGAGUGAUAUUAUUCAGGCAUGUGUUGAGUAUAACAACCUUUCUAUUGAGAGAUACAUCCAGAGAAAUACCUGCAGUUUUGCAGAUUAAAGGGAUAUUCUGGUGUAAAAUUAAGUUAUAGUCAAACACACCAUAAUACAGAGUCAGACACCCCCUCAAGAGAUGAAUGUUGACGGCUGCUUGCUUCUCCAGUUUAUACCAACUUCAGUAACAACCACACGAUAGUAAUACACAGCGGUCUAUGUCUCCACACGCAAACCUCAACCAAAUAGCCACUCUAUAGCCACAAAUAAUGCUCAGAACAGCACCUAACUUCAUCAACAGUACAUAUAGGGGGCCUGAUGAGUCGAUCACAGAGUGCUGCGGAAAAUUUAUGAUUAUUACUUAAUGGAAAUACAACCAGACUGAGACGCUAAGGCAGAAGAACUACUGCAUCUGCCAUGCACAUACAAGAUACACAGAAACUCCAAUUGCAUUUCCAUGAAGUAAUGAUCGGAAAAUGUGCUUCCUUGAGCUGCGAAACUCCACUGCACUCAGUGACUGACUUGUCAAGGCUCCCUCACAAACAAGCAGCUGCUGGAGGAGAGUAGGUAAGUUGUGUUUUGUCUCUUUGCUCAAGAAAUCAGGCCAAGUUAAAAAGAUGCUUGAUGGCUAGUACUAUGGCUGGGACCCUAUAUGUACUGUUGAUGAAGUUAGGUGCUGUUCUGAGCAUUAUUUGUGGCUAUUUGGUUGAAGUUUGCGCAUGGAGACAUAGACUGCUGUGAUUUUUAAUCAUGCGGUCGUUGCUAAAGUUCGUAUAACUAGAGAAGCAAGCAGUCAGCAACAUUCCCCCAUUGAGGGGGUGUCUAACUCAGUGUUACGGUGUGUUUGACCCUAACUUAAAUUUUACGCCGGAAUAUCCCUUUAAGUCAAAUGCAGUUGGCAUGUACCUGCAGAUACCUUGAUCUUGUGUUCAUCUGUUCGAUAAUUGAGAUUUUUAAAAAUAUUUUCUUACUAUCAUAAGGGUCACUUGAUCCAAAAUUUUUGUCAUUUUUAAACAACUGCAUUAUUAGGUGUGAAAUUGCCUGAGCUUCUCUCACACGUCAGCUUUUGUGUCCGAAUCCUCUCCCCAACUCAGCUUCACCUUCCCACAUCACGACACAGGAGCUCAUUGUUAUGCCUUAACGAACAAAUCCAAGGAGACGUCUUCUAAACAGCCGUGCCAACAUUUCCUAUUGUUAACAAACUUGCAUGCACAAACCGUCAAAUCCCCCAAACUGUGGCAGCUCGUGCAACAGAGCGACCAACCUCGUGCACACGUCUGCCACUUCACAUAAACAGCUUUUGAUGUGGAGUGUUGAGUCAUUAAGUUUUCAGUAUAACAUGACCGUCUGUGUCUCUGCCUGCCAUGUCUGACGUGUGUUAGUGUCUGCACUCUGCAGAGCUGUGUCAGGAAAAAUUAACUCCACUUAGAAAAGAUUACGUUUACAGCACAGGCGCAGCCGUGUUGGGAUAAGAAAUACGGCAAAUAUUUAAUGUGUUUGAUGCUCCGAGCAGAUUUGUCGUACCCCAGAGGUGAGACUACAAGUGUUCAACAAGAAACUAGACAUGAAUUAUUUAUUCACACGCUUGUCUAAACACUGGCAGAAAGAUGUAUUACAGCUGUAAAUCAUCCCUGGGUGAGCGUUCUGUGAAAGGAAGAACAACAAACGCAGAUUGGUGAUGCGUGUAUUGUCUCAUUUUUUUUACCUUAAUUUGUGUGCAGCAUAAUGAAAUUUGUGAUUUAUACUCUGUCAGAGGAGUUUAAUGAGAUCAACAGAGAAUUUGAUAAGUUAUCUAAAAAAGAUCAUUCUGUUUAGGCCAGAUGACAUCUCUUUUCCCACCUCUGUUAUCCAUAAACAUCCUUUUUUAAGAGUAGAUUUACACAGAUUCUGCUCUUCAGAUCUGCACACUUCCUGUUCGCAUAUAUUGAUUCAUUUGCCCCAGAAAAUAAAAAAAACGCCCCUGAGUUCUCAAACUGUGUUGUUUUUCACAUUAAACUCAAGAGGCCACAACGUCUUCCCUCAUUACUUUGAUGAGGUGCUGCCAGUAUCGGCAUGCUAACAUCGCAGUGUUGAGUUACUGCUGUUAGCUGCCUUCAUCCAUCUGUUGAUUGGACUUCAGCCACUCCAUUGAUUAUUUUCCCUCCGCUUUAAUCUUUCCCUGAGGCUGAGAUCUUACAGAUCUCACAUCAGCCCUCCUAAUAAGCUCCUCCUCUUCCUUACUUCUUUGCAUUUACGCUGAAUGAAUCAUACAUCCAUGAAGGUGAGAUCACUUUGGGAAGGUCACACUACGAGCUGCUUAAGAUAAUGGACUAAGUGAAUCAUUUAGAAAGCCCAUGGAUGCUAAAUUCUGCCAACUGAACCUGCCAACGCUGCACUGGUGCUGCUUCGGUCACUUCCAGAAAGAGUGACAGCGCUGCCCGUCACUCUUUCUAUCGUGUAGAUUGACGCACUCCUGACUCGGGAACAACAGGACAAACCUGCAACCAAAUCAGAUAUGUGUUGAAAGGUUGGAGCCACUGAAAGAAGUGUCGGCUCAGUUUGUUUGAGAUCAAAAAAGGAUGAUCAUGCUGUUCUUAAACUGGUUCUCAAAUGAAGACCACAGCUGUGUUUUGCUGUGUUUUAUGGUUGACUAGAUUUGAUUUUCUUCCUAGAUCGUCCCUGGUGACCCCCUGGACAAGAGUAUCGUGAUCAGACCUCUUGAACCUCAGCCCGCCCCUCACUUGGCCCGAGAGUUCAUGAUCAAGACCCGCAGGCGCAAGGUAAGCCUUCUACCUCUACCUCCUUUUCUGUGUGUUCACGGUCUUGAGCUCCUCUUUGAUCACUGCUGAUAUUUUCUGUUUUUUAUCAUGCAGGGUCUGAGCGAGGAUGUGAGUAUCAGCAAAUUCUUCGACGAUCCUAUGUUGUUGGAGCUGGCCAAACAGGAUGUGGUGCUAAACUACCCCAUGUGAGACCCCCAUACUGUGUGUGUAACCAAAACGGGAACCUUCACAAGUCACACAGCAAAACCACGUUUCUUACGUUACUUUUUAAAAACGUAUCUUUCGUUUUGUAUCGGGUUUUAAAUGUACAAAUGUUGUUUCAGUUGAACAUGAUAACCAGGAAACUUGUUAAAAAUGUUGUUUGGCUGUCAUUAUUUUGGUGUAAGUCUGAAUAAAAGAUGUCUUUGUAUUUCAUGUGGACAAAUCAAUCUUGACAUGAUGAAGCUGUGGAGGUCACCGUAUGCUACAGUGACCCUGCGGUCGAAGGUUUGUGUAUCUGAGAUAUUGAUCGGUUGAGACUUCUACAUCUGAACUUUGCUGCUAGUUUGAGUGAUCUGCAUGUCUGUUCGGGUUGUGUGUGGGCGCUGACUGAUAGACAGACCGCCGGAUCGUCGGAGGCAGGCAGAGAGGAAGCAAAGGUCAAGGGUCGGGUGUCAGAGUAAAAUAAGACGUAAGGGAUGAUGCAGCGUGUCAAAGAUGUCAUGUCUCUAAUGUGAUAAAAUCUCUGCUGAAAAUUUGGAGUUGGCUCUUUCUGCAUCUUUUAAAGUCACUCCAGAAAUCUUCAGGACAUUCUUGAUGGCUGGAGAGAAAGACUCCACAAAGGGGGGGAUAGCGGGUGACGAUGUGAAACCAUUGCGGAGGGGCUUAUCCAGGACUGAAUACUUGUACAUGUAUCAUCACAUCAAUGUGAUGUAUUAUGGAGGUGAUCAGUCUGUGUCUCUAAUGGGGUGUGAUUUAAGUCCAGGUCCUUUUUGAUAGCUCAUUCAUCUGUCUCUGUAUGAUACCCCAAAGAUCCUCUGUGGGGGUUCAGGUCAGGCGAAAGACUGUAUAUAGAAUGGACACCAUCUGCCUCCUCGCUUGGUGAAGCCACCGUGAGAACAGCACCCUCUGGUGACGGGCUACAGUAAAGGUCAUAAACCCCACUUCCUCCAGCAAUCCCUAUGGAGCUGUAGACAAACUUUGAGAAUUUAUUGCACAGAAUAUACAUUUUUUUCCCCCUGCUUGCGAUGUUGACAUGUAGUUACUGCCUAUGGGCGUACGAAGAUUGCAUAGUUCACCUGGCGGAUACGCUGUUUUAGCGGAGUGUCAUCACAGCGACUGUCUGCAACUCUCCCACUGAAUGCGUACAACGCAACUGCAAUGUUGGUUUCAGGAAGUGGAGAAAAAUCACAGAAAUACCAAGAGUUUUUUGGCUCCAAAUCCAUAUACUGGCGAAAGGUGGAGCCAAGUUGUCCAAAGUAUAUGCCGUCUAUGGGUCAGACCAGUUGGCUGGUUGGCAUGGUGACAGUACCACCAUGGUCAGCAAACCAGUCUCUGGUAGUUUUGGUGCCGUUUAUCUCUAUAAAUUUAUCUCUAUAAAGCUUCUCAUCCCAUGAAGGUCUCUAAAAUCUCCUGCUAGACUUCAGGCUGUGUUGGCUCUGGGCUUGAUAAAACACAGUACACCAACACCGGUAGAUGACAUGGCUCCCCAAACCAUCACAGACUGUGGAAACUUCACCCUGGACUUCAAGCAUCUUAGACUGUGAGCCUCUGCCAUUUUCCCCCAGGCUCCUUGAUUCUCAAAUGAGAUUUUGUCUGAAAGCAGGACUUCGGACCAAUGAGCAAUAGUCCAGCUCUUUUCUAGAGAAUGCAUGUUUAAAAUUGAAUCAGGUUCAUUCUGCUGGGACACAACCUCCAUGCUUUGUACUUGACCUGAUUCUGAGUUUGCCUCAGACUCUUUGUUCUGUAAAGAUUGUACUGACAAACUUUCAACCCGCAGCUGCCUGGUAUUUUAUCUUCCAGACCUGUAACUACACCUCACCGUGGCCUGAUGUGUGAUUUUGUCACCAAUCGCAGGACGGCUCAGUUCCUCAUAGGUCACCACUGACAAACAGCCAAACAUCCUGGAGGUGUUUAAGAUGGGAAAAAGUAAAAAAAUAAAUAAAUAAAAGCAGGAGUCAAAUAUGGCUUGAGCUCCUUUGACAUUUGGAGUGAAUGUCAACCCUCACCAGCAUGACCAGUUUUCUUUCUCUUUUAUUUAACAGACAGGGAAAGAUAGUGACAGGGUACUGUGCCCUUUUUAAAUGCUUACGGGAAGGAGAAAUGAGGAGAUCCAGGAUCAAUUAAGGAUGAGAGAAAUGCAGGAUGGACCUUGUGCUGGGAUGACAUGUCUCCAUCAGUCUCCUCUUGUGCUAGCGUGAGUCGGGGUCGUGCCUGGCCUCGGGUGCUGAGACUGAUGGCAGCAGCGUUCUUGCCAGUCUGAACACAAGGCCCCAGAGCGAUCCCAACAAUCUGUGGUCCUUGUGCUAAAUAUAGACAGGAGCCUCAGUAUAAAGGGCUGGCUCUGGGCUCCUGAAAAUCAGACCUUUUUCCUUUCCACCCCCCUCCAUCUGCUCUCCACCACCUCCUCAGUCACCUUUGCCUCCACUCUUACUUCUCCUCCUCCUCCUCCUCCUCCUCCUCCUUAUCCUGUCUCUAUCAGUGCAGACUCAGCGCUCCGGCUCUGUCAAGUGUCUGUGACUCAAUCACACUUGUCUCUUCCUGCUAAGAUCAGGGGCAGACCUUUGCCCACAGAGCAUCAAGCCUCAAGCCACAGGCCGCAGGGUUCACUCAUAGAGCCACCUUCCAAAUAAUGUCACGAAAAGCUCAGUUGGAUGGAGAUAAAUAGUUGGCUUAAUGGAAAAUUAGAGUAAUUUCUGAACAUGGCUGCUAUGACAAAGCCUCUGUACAAAAGGAUUAAUAGUUUUUUUUGUUAAAACAGCUUCUGAGAUGCAUAACAAUUACAAGGAGAGACAAAAUGACAUCAAGACGACAAAGACAGAAUGCCAAAAGUCCAAGGUGACCUGUAAAAUUUAAAGGAAGAGCAUGUUUCUUUCUUAAAAUACAUGAGUGGCCAAAUCUAAGAUACACAUACAUGCAAAACUGCAAUAAAAAAAAAGCACAAAACAACAACUGAAACAUUUAAAUUUGUUUUUGAAAAUAUCAGAAAUAAACUUCAUUCACAAAUUCACACAAAAGAAAGAAAGGGAUCAAGUUUGUGUACAUAGAAAAUUAUAAUAUAUGCAAUGUUACACAGGAUGACAGAAAGACAUUCUACUGCAACUGCAAAAUGCAUAAACUAAAAAGACAAAAUGCAGUUUAUCAAAAUAUGUGCACAAGCAAAUCACAAAAUAAUACAAAACUGCAGAAAUUAAUGCAAAUAAUCAGAUAAUUGAUUAUUUAUUGUGAAGGACUUUUCAAAACAAAUUGCUUCCCCGCAUGAUAACACAAAAGCAAAGAUUCAUCAAAAGAUGAAUAAAAUGAAGGAUGAAUCAUCCAUGUUUAAGUCAGUUCACAGAGGAAAAGUUUUUCUAUAAAAGUGUGUGGAGCAGUGAAUUAAAAGGAGGAACUGAUUGUUUCAAAGUCUGGGUUCUCUGACAGCAAAGGUCCUGUUGCCUUAAGUUUUGAGUCUGGACUCAGCCAACAGGGCACUACAAAAGGAUCCCAGACUGCUUCCUGCUUUAUAGAAAGAUAAAAGCUCAGAAAUAUAAGGAGGGAGACAUCCAUGUUGUGCUUUAAAUGUAAUUAAAAGAACUUUAAAAUUGAGCACAAAAAACAGAUUGGGGGGAUAUGGACAUGUUUUUGGUUGUAGUGGAAAGCUGAGCUUCUGCGUUUUGAACGGUCUAAAGACGGGGGUUGGUUUUUAUUAAGACCGGCGUGUAGUGAGUUUAAGUAGUCAAGGUUGGAGGGAAUAAAAGCAUGAAUAGAUUUUUUUAUAUCUUAAACUGUCAUUAUAGACUUGACCUUAACAAUAUUUCUCAGCUGAUAAAACUGGACCUCACAACCUUCUCCCCUCUGUGGUUCAACACAGGUACUGAUCCAAGAUCCUUCAAGGUUUUCUGCGGAUGGCUUCACAUAAUUUACCACUUUGUCUGGAUUAUUCAUGAUCAGUGUCCUUUUUACAGAUGGAAACAUAAUUAUUUCAGACUUAUUGUUGCUGAGUUGUAGAAAGUUGUCCAUCAUCAUUAUGUUUUAUUUCUGCAUGACACUUGUGAAGGAUUGUAAUGUUUGACGGGUCAUCAGCUCUGAUGGAGAGGUAAAGCUGCACAUCAUCAGCAUAUAAAUGGAAGUUGACAAAGUUAUGAGUAAGACUAUCACAAAAAGUUCCAACUCAGAAAAAUGACUGCAGAGCAAAGUCAUCAAAAAGACCACACAAUGAAAAUUGGAUAGCUGCUCUUGGUUUCAUCAAAUAAUGUGUAUCUUUUAAGUCACCCAGGCUUCAAAAAAUCAUCUUAUAACAUUUCACAAAUGCCAACGUCCCUAAAACUGAGCCAUGAACUCCUAUUCAAAAGAUUUUUUUUUUUUUAAUCUCUUCCCCCUGACAUUUCUACUUUCUUCAUCUCUCCGUAUCACAGGGUAUUAUACAUGUUCUAAAACACAGGAGGGCGCCACCACAACCCUGCAGGUCAGUGACAAUUUGAGGUCUGGCAAGGUCAGAGCUGUGAGCAGACUCACGGAAGAAAAAAAAAAAAAAAGACUGUGUGACUCUUGCACCCUAAGGCCCCACAAGGAGCAACAAUAGUGAAUCACUGUGCAAUCACAGAGGUCAGUCCAUCUCAGCUCACUGACUGAUGGCGGCUGCACAUGCACGAGAAGGGCUGCUGAAAGGAAGAGGAGGGGUGGAGGAAAUUUUGUGCAACAUUGUUCCAAAAGAAACAACCCGAAGGAUUAGAGUAUCUCAGGGUUUUAAUUUGCCAAUCAGACCAUGGCUGUUGUGUCUCUCCAGGCCUUCCAUUACAGCAGACUGAAGCCAGAUGUGGCCCAAACACAAAGAGCAGCUAAGAAAUAGUAAAGCACCUUUAACUCAUCUAUAUCAUGUCCGCUCAUGUAUCAACAGGGAGAUCUUAUUUCAUAUAAAUGACUCACUGUAGAGAUCGCAGAAUAAGGUUUGCAGCCCGGUGGUGAAAUGCGCCAUUUUUACUUUUAUGUUGUUAUAUUGUUUUAAUUGGUUUGACAUCUAUUGGGGUUAAAAUGGUUAAAUAUGCUUUUUAUCUAAGGGCACUAAAACAAUUAAAGUACUGGUAAUGAUCUUUGGGGAAUACCACAAACCAAAGCAAACCAAACUAGCCUUACUUUCAUUUAAAUCAUAGAUCAAACUAAUCAAACUUUAUUUUUAAAGCACUUUUCAUACAUAUAAUGUAGUACAAAGUGCUGUCCAUUCAAGCAGGAUAUUAAAAACAAUGAAAUAAAAUAAAAUAAAAAUACAAAUACCAAACCCCACUCACCCUCCCAACCCCUGUUCAA